AUGGAAAGAAAGGCAUUCCUUGACCAGGAGGCUCCAGCUGGAUACGUUGCAGGUAUAGGGAGGGGUGCCACAGGAUUUACUACAAGCGCAGAUACUACCGCAAUUACAUCGGCUCCGUUAGUACCACCGAAAGAAGACGAUAAUAACGAAGACGAAGACGAAGAUGAUAUUCUCGAUAACAACGUUGAUUUGAAAGAUGAGACGGGUUUACUUGCUGUGAGAAGGAAUGAUAAAGAAGACGAAGAGGCAGACAAAAUAUACGACGAGAUAGAUCGACGAAUGCAAACAAGGAAUAAACGGCGAGUGGAACCAUCAGAUGAAGCUGAAGAUAGAGAAAUUAAAGAACAGUUUUCUGAUCUUAAGAUGGGCUUGUCAAAUGUUACAGCUGAUGAGUGGGAAAAUUUGCCGGAACCCGGAGAUUUGACAAGGAAGAACAAAAGAACUCGAUUGUUAGAGCAGCAAAAUAAACGGUUUUAUGCUGUCCCUGAUGCAAUAAUAGCUGGAUCUGGAUCCAUGGGCUCAUUGAAGGAAGGCUCGACGAACUUUGAAACUAUUUCAGCUGCCAGAGAUAAGCUUUUAAGCCUGCAACUUGAUAGUUUAGUACGACAAGAUUCCUCUACGGUAGAAGAUCAAUAUGAUCCUGUGUUAGAACAGGAAACAGACUUGGAUGAUCAGAUAGCAGACAUUGAAAGAAGUAGAUUGAUCUUAACUUCAUUGAGACGUACGGAGCCCAACAAAGCAAAUUCAUGGAUCGCAUCCGCUAGACUAGAAGAGCGGGCCAAAAAUUUCACUUUAGCAAAGAAAUUGAUUGUAAAUGGAUGUCACAAGGUCCCUAAUAGCGAGGAUAUUUGGCUUGAAAGUAUCAGAAUACAUCAAAAGUCAUCCGAGUCAACCAAAUUGUGUAAACGCAUUGUCCAGGAUGCCUUGAAAGUUAAUGCGAAAUCAGAAAAGCUAUGGCUAAAAGCAUUUGAACUAGAACAUGAGUCCGACGUUGUUUCACGGCGUCGUAUUUUGAUGAGAGCACUAGAAUAUAUUCCUUCAAGUGCCGAGCUCUGGAGGGACUUAAUUGGGCUUGAAGAAGAUACCGAAAACAUUAAGAAGUUAUUGAAUAAAGCUGUUGAAUUGUGUCCUAAAUAUUGGGACUUGUGGCAGUCUCUUAUAAACCUUUCAGGAUAUGAGGACGCGAAGUCUGUUCUAAAUCGUGCUAGAAGGGCCUUGAACAAUUACUAUAAGGUAUGGGUCACCGCUACGAAGCUUGAGGAACGUGAAAAUCCGUCAGUUUCUCCUGGUAAGUUGACUAAAUUAAUGGAAAAAGCAUUCAAAUCUAUUUAUGAGAACAAAACAGAUGGAGAAACCUUAAGCGCAAGACGCUGGCUCGAAGAAGCUGCAGAAGCUGAGAAUGAAGGAUUUACAAUUACAUGUCAAGCAAUUGUAUUCAAUGCUUUGAAAGGAUUUGAUAUAGAAAAUGACUUCGAUAACGCUACAAGAAAUUUGUUGACUGAAGCCAAGUUUUUCACUGAGAAAUCAAAUUUUGAAACGUCCAAUUUCAUCUAUCAGUGGAUCAUAGAAACGUAUCCAAAUAAUAUUAACAGCUGGACUGAGCUAUUCAGCUCAUUGAAGCGUUCAGGUAACGAUCUCAAGCGUCUUUAUGACUACUAUGAAAAGGCAAUAGAACUUAAUCCUGAAAUAGAACUUUUAAGACUCAUGUACGCAAAAGACAAAUGGGUAUUGGGUAAUGACGUAGAAAAAGCCAGAGAGAUACUAGAAGAAGGCACUAAGAGCCUACCACAGAGUGAAGAAAUUUGGCUUGCUAGAGUGAAAUUAGAAAUUAAAAAUGACAAUUUUAAAGCUGCUCAAAGAAUUUCUUCGGAAGUAUUAGAAGCAAUUCCUGGAUCAUCACCAAGAGUUUGGUUUAAACAUAUACACUUGUUGAGGUUUCUUGAGCAUAAUAGUCACCUGCCGUCUUAUGAAGAAGACAUCCUCAGUGCUACUAAUGAAGCUCUUGACAGAUUUCCUUCCUCCGAGAAGCUUUACUUACAAAAGGGUCAAAUUCUAUUGCAUGACCUAGCUAAACCUGAUCGUGCUAGAGAUACUUUCUCUUCAGGAGUUAAAGAAUGCCCAAGCUGCAUCGAAUUAUGGAUAUAUUUGUCUAAAGUCGAUGAAGUGUAUUUAAAUAGUUUGAUAAGAGCCAGGUCUGUCUUUGAUAAUGCAAUUUUGAAGAAUCCUUCAAGCGACGUGCUUUGGAGAGAAAAGCUGGAUCUUGAGAGAAGAUGCCAUAAUUUAAUCGCAGCAAGGCAGAUAAAUAAUAAAGCAUUAAAGGAACACCCAAGUUCUUCGGUGCUAUGGGUUCAACAUUUGUCAUUAAUUUCAAAGACAUCAGAGAAAAAAACGGCUUUGCUCGAUUCUUUGAAAAGUACUAAUAACUCAGCAAAGGUAUUGCUACACGUUGGUGUUAUAUUCUGGCAUGACAAUAAAUACAGUAAAGCUCGAUCUUGGUUUGAAAGAGCAUUGAGUAGCGACAAAACAAAUGGAGAUGCUUGGGCGUGGCUCUAUCUCUUUCUUAAGAAUAAUGGAACGGAGACGGAAAUGACCGACUUAAUCAAGGAUUUUUCUUCUAAUUCGGAUGGCAUUCGCAAAGGUGAUCGCUGGAAUGCUACGAAUAAAGACCCUUCUAAUUUAAACAAAAGUCCGAGAGAGAUUUUAGAUCUAGUAUCUCAGACGUUAAUACGUAAGCAUUAG